AUUUUCAACCUUGGCAUCCACCAUUACCAAUACUUGACAACAUAUAUAUACAUAUCUAGAGAGAGAGAGAUAUGGAUAGGUUGAUGAGCAUGGUGGUGGUUGGUGUUGUUGCAGCAGUUAUGGUGCAAAGUGGUGCAGCACAAACAGUAUAUGUGGUUGGAGACAGCUUAAAUUGGACUGUGCCUUUAAAUGAUACACAGGCAUACAGUUCAUGGGCUUCUAACAAGAACUUCACGGUCGGUGACAUUUUGACUUUCAACUUCCCAACUAACCAACAUAAUGUGUUACAAGUAUCCAAUGACUCAUACAACUCCUGCAAUUCAGCUAACCCUAUUGGCAACACAAUCACCACCGGUCCAGCGAACAUCACUCUCUCCUUCUCCGGCGAAAACUACUAUAUCUGCACGGUCGGCACCCACUGUCAGUUGGGGCAGAAAUUAGCCAUCACCGUCUCCGCCACUGCAGGCACCACCACAGCUACCCCACCGCCACCACCACCGCCUCCUAAUUCUUCUUCGUCUGUGCCGGUGUUUGAUAGUUUCUUUCUCACCGUGUUUUGUGUUGUUGCCAUGGCUUUCUUUCUUUAGAUAGAUAAUCAUUAAGUCUAUGAUCCCAGAAAAAUUAAUGAAAGUAGUGCCCAGAAUAUUAGAUUAAGGGUGUAUAUUUAAAGUUAUUGUUGUAGGACCAUAGUAUAAAUAAAUUUUGACCUUUGAUUAUAACUUAUGAGCGAUUUUAUGUAUUUUUUUCUAGGUUUGUAGAACUUCUGAUAAAUAAUAUCUGAGUGAAGAUUGUAAUUCAGUUUUGUAUUGGAUGUCGUUAUACUGGUUAAUAAAAAUAUAGAUUUCGGCCUUUACAUAAAA